AUGACCACUGUCCUCAGUGGGCAGGCUCUACCAAAGAAACACCCGUUGACGCCCUUGGCUCCCUUUAUCGUCAACUCUGAAAAUCUGCACGUUGGUGGGUGGCUUGAGAACGCUACACUGCCUUCCGAACAGCGCCACCCGCCUUUUAUCAGUAGAUCCUGCAAGCUCGCUCAACUCAUCAUCUCAUUUGCCCACGUGCAAGCUUUACAUGGAGGAAAUUGUGUCACAAAUGCUUACGUAGUGCCAAGGGCAUGGAUUGUGGGUGGUCCUCGCAAGGUGAAGAACUAUCUGCGCCGAUGUGUGACCUGCGCCCGUCUUCCAGAUCAGCCCUCUUCUCAACUGAUGGCCAACCUGCCAGCCACUCGAUUAACCCUGUCUCGUCCAUUUGCUCGAACCGGUUACGCCAGCCCUUUCUCCCUGCUAUCAUCCAAAGGCAGAGGAAUCCGAACGACCAAGGGAUACAUCGCAGUUCUCGUCUGCCUCACUACCAAGGCACUACAUCUUCAGUCUGUUGGCAACCUGUCUAUGGUAUCAUUUCUCGGGGCUCUUUCUCGCUUUAUUGGACGCCGAGGUUGUCCUUCCGAAAUGUGGAGUGACAACGCGACUUGCUUUCGAGGCUCUGACGUUGAGCUCCAAGCUGCGCUGCGUGAAGCAGAGCUGAAAAGGGACGUCAUCGCUGGCACUUUGGCGGAGCAAGGUAUUCCUUGGCAUUUUAUUCCUCACGGAGCACCUCACAUUGGCGGCCUUUGGGAGGCUGCCGUCAAAUCCAUCAAAGGCCAUCUCCAGAGACUCAUAAGUUUUCCUAACUUAUGA